AUGCCUCCAAAACAAAAGUCAAAACCAAAAGGUAGUGCGCCUGUAAAUCGAAUCUAUAAAGCAGUCGAACCAUUACAUCAAACGACAUUUCCAGAGAAAAGAAUACGUGUAACCAGGAAUUAUGGCAAGAAAAUCAAACUCGAGAAACAGGAUACACUUACGCAAAUGGAUUGGGUGAAAUUGCAUGAAAAAGAACAGGAAGACGAAAUUGGGGAUGAUAUUGAAGAUAGUGAGGAGGGUUUUGAGGAAGAAGAAUCGAAACGAAGAACGAAACGAAGGAGGACUAUGGAUGAUGAACCAACAGCGAAGAAAAAGAAAGAGUUAAAGAAUAGAAGGAAAACAACUGAUGAAGGGGGAAGGAUGACUAGUUUCUCGACGCAGACGAUUACACAGCUUGAUUAUUGGCCACUUUCUGGAGCACAAGAUGAACCUGAUGAACCAGAAGAUGAUGGUUCGAGUUAUGAUAUUCCUGUAUCCAGCCCUCCAGCAGUCCAUCCACCUCGACGGAGUCCCAGAAAGUUUCUUCAGCCUAAUGUUACUGCUCCAGUCAAACUGUUACCCCCACCUCAAACACCAAGCCGCAGGAAUAUCCUAGAGAUUCCAUCAUCACAAUCACCCGCCACACCAACAUCAAGUCAGUUUGGAGGUUCCGCACGGAAGCGGUCGCCACUAAAAGAGCAAUCGACAAAUAUUGCAGUUCCUUUCUCACUACGAUCAAAUAUUUAUAAGAGCGCUGAAAAGCUACCGAGACUAAAGGUUGUGGACACUUAUGAGACAGGGACAGACGAAAGUCAAGUGAUUCGAACUCCCUCAAAGCGUUCAAGUCCGGCGAAAACUGUACGGUUUGCUUUCCCCGAUCUCAGUCCGGAAGUACUGGCAGAGGAGACUCCUAUAAAACAAAAACCUGCCACACAACGCAGCCUUUCGCCAUCACCCACACGUCGACUAGGGACACCGGCACCCAAUAACAUUAGGUUCGAGAUUCUAGAUUCGGAUGCGGAAGAGGACGAAGAAGAUGAGGAAUCACAAGUUGUGACAGAUACACCCAUUGAAAGUAACUCUGACUACGAAACUCGUACGAAUGCAGGAGAUUCAAUGGAGAACAUAGUUGAGGAGCCAGAACAGGACGAUGCACGCUCGGAGAUGGACACGGGACAAACAGAAGUCGAUGCCGAAAAAGAACUAGAACUACCAGAAACAUUUUAUGGAGACAUAGGAGCGGAAACACAAUUUCACGCUGAACAAAUAAUGUCUUCAUCAAGUUUGAGUAAUCACAAAGAAAGUUCUCCAUUGAAUGAAGACGCCCCCAAAAAUAGAUCUUAUGGCAGAAGUCAAUGUUCACAAAGUCAAUAUAUCGCUACCCAGCAUAAUCAGACUCAGUAUACCCAGAUUCAGACCCAGACUCAGCAUACCCAGACUCAGCGUACUCAUACUCAGCGUACCCAAGCUCAUACCCAACUUGGUAAAAGUCAAUAUCCCGAAAGUCAACGACUCUCCACCCAACACCUUGACGCUAUGGCACCUCGAUCAGAAGCUUCCGAUGUAUUCAUCUCCAUAUAUCCUACCCACGUAGAAAACAUCAUCACUCGCAAGAAGAACUACGAAUUUCGAUCUUAUAAUUUCCCGGCCACAGUAUCUCGUAUCUGGAUAUACCAAACCAAGCCUCUAUCGACACUUACUCACAUGGCCGUCAUUGGCCCUCCAAAAAAGCCUGGGGAGAUAACGAACUUUGAUGGCCUUGGCAAUCUCGAGUUCAACACAGGUGAAACUCGUUCUAAGUUUGGAUAUGAGAUACUAGAGUUAUAUGCGCUCGCAAAUCCAAUGACUUUCGAAGAACUAAAAAGUCGACAAUGGUUCAGAGCGGCACCCCAAAAAUAUGCAAGAGUACCACCUGCAGUUCUAGGAGAAUUAAUCGCAAACCUACUACCGCCCCUAUUCACACAGUCAUCAUCAUCUCUGUCUUCUUCAGCGACAGAGUCUUCUGAAGAUGUACACGCCAUGUCCAUACUCCACAGAACAUCAAGCACGAGCACGGAAUCCCAAGAAGUACGAGAUCAAAUCACUCACAAUAUCCAGCAAUUCACACAAGCACGGGCACCUCCAUCUUCACCACCUGCCGCCACACCAGCUUCUGCAAUCCACGUAUUAUCUUCACAAAACCAUUUUGUAAGGCCGUCGCAAGCUUCAACUGUGGAUUAUACACAGACAGAGACACCCGUUACCCCGCGUCGGCUUCGCAGGGAAUCCUCUAUUCCAGAUUUAAUUCUGGAGUCGCCGACAAAGUCUAUUCCUUCUUCGUCACAUGGGAGUAGCCCUGUGCAGACGUUGCCUCCCGCGAUCUCAAGGAGAGGGGAGAGAAGAGUUAUUGAGAUUGAGAGCCAAAGUGAUGAUGAGAAUGAAGGCGAAGAGAACAAUGAGAAUGAAAGGAACCAAAUUAAUCACGAUUCAAAGGAUGAUGUGAUCGUAGAUAAAGAACAAGUACCAUCUUCAACACCUCAGCCAUACUCUUUAAUUCAAUCAUCGCAAUUGAUUUCCAGGAGUCAGAUAAUGAGGGAGCAGGAUAGUUUGAUGGAUAGAGAGAUCAUGAGGCCGCCACCAACGAUGGGUGGGAAGUGGAAGGAAGUGGGUGAUUCGGAUGAAGACGAUGAUGAGGAUUUAUGA